AUGGCUGACGAUAUAGAGCAGCAACAAACUACCAACGCUGGAGAGGAGCCCAUGGAUCUUACCAGGCGCAGCCUACAUGAGCGAAUUUAUGUGAAAAUCAGAAAUGACUGAGAGCUGCAAGGCAGAUUACAUGCUUAGGAUCAACAUUUAAAUAUGAUCUUGGGAGAUGUGGAAGAAACUGUGACUGCUAUAGAAAUUAAUGAAGAAACAUAUAGAGAGAUAUAUAAAUCAACAGAACGGAAUAUUCCAAUGCUCCUUGUCUGGAGAGAUGGUGUUAUCCUGGUUGCUCCUCCACUGAGAGUUGGCUGA